AUGAGAAGGCCUUGCUGCCCAUCUCUGCGGCGCAUCGCGCCUCGGCCUCCGUCUCCUUCCUCCUAUUCUCUUUCUUCGCCAGUCGGCUCUUCCUCUGUUUUUUCUCUGCCUGUCUCCCCCCGGUUUUCCUGUCUCUUCUCUCCCUCUGUCUGUUCUCCUUCCUCGUCUGUGUCUCCCGAUGUCACCCGUUGGUUGUGGUCUUCUUCGACUUCGCGGACCUUCUCUUCUUCUUCUUCGGUCAGCUUCUUGCGCAGAGCGUUAAGGCGCUUUGUGCUUCACUUCUCUCCGCCGGCUGCCUCGCCAUUUCCUCAACCUUCACUCGCCGAGAAACGCCGCUUUCUGCGCUACCGGCUUCUCCAGUAUCAGCAGCAUGCGAAGCAGCAGAAGAUCUCUUGGACGCCCUUCGAAGGCCACAGAUCCAAGGGAGACAGGAACGCGAGGACUCGCCGAGUGCGGGGCGAGGAGGCAGAGGCAGAGGCAGAGCCGAGACAGACAGAGGCCGCAAAAGACGCGACGCUCCGCGAGAACGUGAAGGAAAACAGCGAACCGCUCUCUCGCUCUUUGCGAGGACGAAACGGGAGCGGAAGCCCCAGCGGUCUCCCUUCUUCCUCGUCUUUCGCUGCCUCCUUCUCUGCCUCCUUCUCUUCGUCUUUCGUCGACCCUCGGUGGAGGGAUCCUGCCCUGUGGCCUGCCCGGCGCCUUCUCCCGCCCCCACCGCCUCCCCCCGAGUACGUUUUCGCUAAAAGUGAGACGCACACGGAAGGCCGAGUGGAGGCCGAGCGCGGAGACAAAGGAGGCGGACGAGGUCAGGAGACUGGACGCGACAGAGAAGAAAAGACGGAGUCUGCUCUCCCGCUUCGCGUGCAUGCAGUCGGCCACGGGACGUUCCUUCUCCAGUGUGGAGGCAUCAACGUGCUCACAGAUCCCUUCUUCGCCGCCAAGGCUGGACCCUUUGGCGUCCUCGGGUUGCCACGGGUGAGUCAGCCUGGGAUUUCUCUGGAGUCUCUGCCGCCGAUCGACGUCGUUCUGCUCUCGUCGGUUCGCUUCGACGCCUACGAUCAUGCCGCUCUGCGUUUUCUCGCGAAGCGCGACGGUUCGACUUUCUUCGUCCCGAACGGCGUGCUAGCGCGCAGGUACCUCUCGCCGCGGGUCUUCGGCAGCGUGUACCCGAUGAACUGGGGGGACCGCGUCAAGUUCGAUGAGAACUUCCUGGUCUUCUUCUGCCCCGCAGUCCACGCUGCAGUCGGACGCUACGGCGUCGACUGGAACGUCCCCGGCUGGGGCAGCUUCGCUGUGCAGUGGUGCGCGAAGGAGCGGCGCGGCGCACUCGUCCCCUCCACAAAGAGUGUGUUCUUCGGCGGUCGAUCGGCUUAUAGUCGGAAAAUGUUCGACUUGAUCCGUGAAGGCACCCGGAGAGACCGCGAGACGCUCAGGCAGGAGAUGGAGACGGAGGCCGCGUUUCAGCGAGAGAUGGAGAGAGAGCGAAGAAGACGACGGGGAGAAGAGGCGGUCGAAGAGGAGCUGGUGGAAGAGGCGGCAGAGACGGAGGUCGGACAAAGGAAAGGGGGAGGAGGUGAAGAAGGGGGUGACAGGUUCGUCUUUGAUCUCGCGAUUCUUCCAGUGGGCGGAUACGAGCCAAGGGAGUACAUGCGCCGCUACCAAAUGUCGCCCGAAGAAGCCGUCGAAGCUCAUCUUCGCCUCGAGUCCAAGCUGUCUUUGCCUUCUCACUUCGACGUCCUCCCUGUCGGGAGCGAGGCUUUCCGCGAGGCGCCGUCGCGCCUCAUCGCUGCUUGCAACGCGAAAGGUGUUCCCGUUGGAGGUUUCACCGAGCACUCCGACUUCGAUUUUUCUUUUAAAGGUUCCCAGAAGACCGACGCAGGAAACGGAGCAGGCACUGCGGCACAGAAGGCGACAGGAUAUGAUAAGUCUAGCGGAGAGCAGGGGGGAUUCCAUAUCCUCGAACCAGGCGCACACUUCUGGGUUCUGUGA